AUGGUUGCACCUAACCAUCCUUUGCCUCCCUCUGUUGAUUCUCCUUUUGUCCCCAAACAAAUUUCUUUUGCUGAUGUUGUAUCUAUCAAUGCUGGUUUUGGUAGUGAAUCAGUGGAAAACCUAGUUUUUCCUCAUGAUUCAUAUGAUGGUAAAUGUGAUUGCUCUUUGGUUAAAAAGGCUAGCAAAAAUGGGGGAAAAUCUGCACUCUAUGUAUAUGAAAAUGAAGUACCUAACCAACUAAAUCUUGAAAUGGAAUUGAGAAUGUUUUGGAAAUCUCAGUCUUCAAGUCAGUCAAGUGAACGACAGGUUGUAGACAUAGUAGAAGCUGUGAAUAGAGAGGAGGCUACUGAACAGGAACUUCAUGAAGCUAAUGCCAAGUUACUCAUUGUCAUAAACACCUUCAACUCACUCCCUCCCAAUGAAAAGGAAAUCAAGAAGGCUCUGAACUCCAUUGAUAGUAGUAAAGCUACUGGAUUUGAUGGACGUGUUGCAGACUUUUAUAAGAGGUUAUGGGAUACUGUUAAACAAGAGAUCCGCCCCCGAAGCGGCGGCCAUGACUAUGAUGGUCUAUCCUACGUUUCCACCUCCGGUCGAUUCGUGCUAAUCGACCUCCAAUUCCUCUCUUCCAUCAACAUCGAUAUGCACUCCGGCACAGCCUGGGUGCAAGCCGGUGCAACUCUCGGCGAGCUCUACUACGCCAUCGCCAACCAUAGCAGAACUCUCGCUUUCCCCGCCGGCCUCUGUGCCACCGUAGGCGUAGGCGGGCAUUUCAGCGGCGGAGGAUUGGGGACUUUAGCAAGGUCCUUCGGGUUAUCGAGCGAUAACGUGGAAGACAUCCGAAUCGUCGUGGCAAGCGGAGAGAUAAAGAAUCGAGGAACGAUGGGAGAAGAUCUAUUCUGGGCGCUGCGAGGCGGAGGAGGUGCGAGCUUUGGGGUGAUUCUUGCUUACAAAGUGAGGCUUGUGGCGGUUCCCAGUACGGUAACUCUUUUCGUAGUCUCAAAGACGUUGGAGGAGGGAGCGACAAAGCUUGUGGAUAAAUGGCAGCGAAUGGCUUAUAAUGUGGAUAAGAGGCUGUUUAUCCGGGCGGUGUUUACUGUUGAGGGAAAUGUUAGCGAAGCUAGUGAUGGGAAUAAGGCGAACAGAACAGUGCAGGUUUCUUUUAAAUCCUUGUUCCUUGGUGAGAAGAAUGAGCUUCUUCACGUAAUGGAGGAUUGUUUUCCGGAACUCGAAUUGAAGGCGGAGGAUUGUAGAGAGAUGAGCUGGAUUGAGUCGGUCAUGUACUUUGCACGAUACGAAGGAAAGCCUUUGAGCAUCCUACAAGAGAGAUACUCUCCUGUGUUCAACAGCUCCUUCAUGCACAAAUCCGACUUCAUAACACAAACCCUCCCCUUGGAAGCAUGGGACAAAAUACUGCAUCGUUUCCUCGAGAAAGGAGAAAAACCCCAAAUGAUCUUAGAUCCGUGGGGAGGGAGAAUGGAUGAAAUCUCUGAAACCGAGACAGCCUUUCCUCAUCGGAAAGGAACCCUUUUUCACGUCCACUAUUUGACGCAGAGGUGGUCGGAAGACGGCGCUGCUGUGAGCAAGAGGCAUGUGGAUUGGUUGAGGAGGUUUUACGAGUUCAUGACACCUUAUGUUUCUAAGAACCCAAGGGCGGCUUAUCUCAACUAUAGAGAUUUGGAUAUUGGGACGAAUGUGAAGGGAAACAAGACAAAUUAUUGGGAGGCGAGAGUGUGGGGAGAGAGGUAUUAUAAAGGUAACUUCAAGCGAUUGGCUUAUGCGAAGGGUGAGGUUGAUCCUACUAACAUGUUCAUGAAUGAGCAGAGCAUUCCUCCUCUUUUUCAUUAAGAAGUUGGUCACCUGAAUGCUCGAUAGAGGUGAAAAUAAAUGGUUAUUGGU